AUGCGUAAAUCAAUUCCAGCUUUGUUAGCUACAGCCUCAAUAACAUUAGCUAGUCAAAAUGUGUUCAGUGUUCACGAUGACUUACUUGCAUUUCCACAGUAUGAGGUAGUAUUCUCAAAUGAAAUUCCUUCGCAAGAGGAAGCAUAUUUUAUCGUCAAUCAUCCCCAUUCGCCUGUCAGAUUUUUAGGAAAUCAAGAAGAUCUUAAAAGCAUACAAUCGUCUCAACACCCUAUUCAAGAUGAUUCGACCGAUCAUGAAUCCGAGCCUCCCAAACAAACCCACGAGCUCAUGUAUCUACAUGGUGAAGCGCAUGUAUGCACAAUUCCCAUAGUUUCUCUGCCUCCGCGAAACGAAACCUCAGAAGCCGAAGCUCGCGCUGCUGAACAAAAAGAACUUGCUAGAGCAACCGAUCGUGGUUGGGAACUACUUCAAGAUUUGGAGAAAAAUUGUCUAUAUUUCGUAUCCGGAUGGUGGUCAUAUUCGUUCUGCUACAAUAACGAAAUCACACAAUUUCAUCAACUGCCCGCACAACCCGGAAAGGCGGCAUUCCCACCCCAACCGGAUCCAUCAGCCCAAGAAUUUGUUCUCGGAAAGGCGAAGGCAUCACCAAAAAGCAAGAGUAAAGAGGACGAAUGGGGCAAUCAAAUAGAAGCGCAUGAGACACCCAAAAAUGGGGAAUCACCAAAAACGGAAUUACAAGUCAAGGGCGACAUGCGCUACCUCGUUCAGAAAAUGGAAGGCGGCACAAUCUGCGAUCUUACAGGCAAGCCCCGCCAAGUCGAAGUUCAAUUUCACUGCAAUCCUAAUGUCAAGGAUCGUAUUGGAUAUAUCAAGGAAAUGACUACAUUCAUUGGCGGGGUAACCGUCGGCGCAGGUAAAUAUGUCGGUAAAGAAGGACAACGUCUACCUAUCCCCCCAGACUUUGGAGAUGGUGACAGCGGAAGCCGGACAGAAAUCAUUGCACGUGGCAAAAUCAAGGCCCAGGGAGGGAAGGUCGAAGUUAUUAAUCCGAAAUCACUGGAAUCAAUGGAUCUCGACCCAAAAAUGAUCGAAAAAUUACAGGAGGAAGUCAAGAAGCUGGCAGGCGAUAAGGGCUGGAAAAUUGAGGUUGUCGAUGCACCAGGACAGGUUAGAGAAAUCUUGGGAAUUGUCGAGGAUGAUGGAGGACAGGGCCAUCAAAAGGGACCCGGAAAACCUAUCGAGGGGGGAUCCAAGGAGGAUGGUGAUAAGAAAGAUAGUAAUGUAUAUGAAGAUGAAGAUGUUGAAGAAGGUAGCGAGGAAAUAUUCAAGGAUGAAUUAUGA